AUGGCUGCCGCCGGCCAUCUGGGCCAUGGAGCCUCCACCGCGUGGAAACGAGCGUUUCUUCUCGCCGUCUGCGUCACCGGCAUCUGGGCGGCGUACCUUACACAAGGGGUCGUCCAGGAAAAUCUCUCCACGAAGCGUUUCGCGCCGGACAACAAGCGUUUCGAGCACCUGGCGUUCCUCAACCUCGCGCAGAGCCUUGUCUGCUCCGUUGUCGCCUUCCUCAUGCUCAACAUUCUGGGAACCAACAUGACAGUACAGCCGCCGCUGCUGUCCUACUGGCUGCCCGGGGUUACCAACACCAUCGGCCCGGCAUGCGGCCUCAUUGCGCUCAAAUACAUCUCCUACCCCGCCCAGGUCCUGGCCAAGUCAUCCAAGAUGAUUCCAGUGAUGCUAGCGGGAGCCAUCAUCUAUGGGGUGCGCUACACUCUUCCGGAGUACGUCUGCACUCUGCUUGUCGCCGGGGGAGUUUCCAUGUUUGCCCUCUUUAAGAGCUCCAGCAAGGCGAUGAGCAAGCUCGCCAGCCCCAACGCGCCCCUGGGCUAUACCCUCUGCUUCCUCAACCUGGGUCUGGAUGGGUUCACGAACGCGACUCAAGACUCCAUCACCGCCAAGUACCCCUUCACAGCCACUUACCAUCUGAUGCUGGGCAUGAACAUAUGGGGCACACUCUACAUGGCGAUCUACAUGUUCGCCUGGCCGGGCGGCGGCGGCAUGGCAGCCAUUGACUUCUGCCGCACGCACCCGGAAGCUGCCGUGGACGUGUUCCUCUUCUGCCUCUGCGGCGCCGUCGGGCAGAAUUUCAUUUUCCUGACCAUCAACAAGUUUGGAGCGCUGGUCAACACGACCAUCACCACGACCCGGAAAUUCAUGAGUAUUCUGAUCUCGGCCGUGUGGAACGGAAAUCCGCUCACAGGGCAGCAGUGGGCGGGUGUGGGGAUGGUGUUUGCUGGGUUAAGCUAUCAGAUUUUCCUGAAGUGGCGGAAGUCUAGGGGUAAGAAGAAGCGGGCGGGAUCGGACUUGGGAGCGGCGGUGGCACGAAAGGAGGCAGUGGGGGAAGGGAAAGGGGAGAAGGAGGCGUUGAUGGGAAACGGGGAGAGGAAGAAGAGUAGGUGA